GAAACGAUUUUGUGGAAGAGUUGCGCGCUGGUAAGCUAGGUAUGGGAGACCAGAGCUUUAUGCCGAAGGCAAAAAGAAUGACCGAAUGAGGAGGCGAGUUGAACUUUCACCCGAACUUCAAUCUGACCCAUUCUAAAAACAAGAUACUCGAAUGUAAGAAUAAUCACGGGAGUUGUGAGUCAAAACAAUCAGACGUAGACAACAGUAGAAAGAUAAAGGUAUUGAGAAGUCGCGAUACUCAGUAUCCAGUGUAUCGAUCUUCUCACUCAUACAGCAGGGAAGUCCUUUGCUGAUACAAUGAAACUUUUCACAUACGUAGGCACGCAGAGGCAUCUGAGACAUCACUCUCUGGCCGGAAAUGACGAGAAAAGCAGAUAUACACGGAGAGCAGAAAGGGUACCAUUUGACCGACCGAUAAGAAAACGGACUGGAUUGCAACAGAAAGCCGUCAGAAUGAAUCACCCACUCAGGAUCCCUAAAUUCCUUUUCUUUCCCUUCCUUUUCAAAAAUUAUCUUCACUCCCGAACUAAGGAUAUGAGAUUAAUUUUCACUCUAUCAACAAUGCAAUCAAGGGGGAAAGCUUCAACCAAAGUCCGCAUCAUUACCGAACAGAUAGAGACUUUUACUGCUCUCGGAUAUUGACGAAACAAUUAUCAAAAUAAGACUUUCCCGUCAGACUGCUGCAGCAAAAAUAGAAACUUUGACAAUUACAUGAACAUCACCACACACCACAUGAAGCAUGGCUAACGACGCAACUGCAUGACCAAAGCCCAUCACCAGAACUCCAUGUCCGAGAAAUGCAUAAAUAAUGAAUAGGGAUCUCCCAAGACCGGAAAAUUCGGAGUGUCGGAUGCACAUUCUCUCCCGUGGUAGUCCAACCAACCACACCUACAACAUGUGACCAUGGAUCAGCUCAAUCUUUUGUUGCACGUCUGAAAGAUGCCCUCUUGUGUUACUCUGCACGGCUAAAAGUCGGACUUAUCUCGACCACAAAACUCCACCAUAUCUUUUUCUAGCCUCACACUAUUCAUACAAGGGCCUCGGCUUACAUACAUGCAUACCUACAUAGCCACAUAGCCACAAUUUAAUGCGCUCAUUUCCUUCCGCAAAACCUCACAUACAAUCAACUUUAUCCCUCACUCACCACCAUCUCCCCCCAAACAUCAACCAUACCCAAACCGCAGCCUCCGCACGCAAAACCCAAGGCAAAAAUGGCCAACUCCCAAGUUCCCAAUCUCAAUUUCGGAAGCCCAAUCAUCUUCUUCGAUUCCAAUCCCGAAAUGCAACAGACCUACAUCGGGUCAUGUUUUACCUCUCUGAAGGAAACGCUCAAGACCUCCUGGACCGGCGAAGUGCGCAAGUUCCACAACCCAGGAACCCUGCGCAUCAUCUUCUGGACGCCCGAGGGAAAAGAAUGCAUCAAGGACUACGAUUUGCACGAAUACAAAUUGGUGCGGGACGCGUGGGAAUCGCUGUUCAAUCUGCCGGAUGUGAAGCGCGCGAUUGUCAUGGGUUAUAGCGGACAGAAUCCGUAUGUGAAGGACUUUGGAGAGAAGAAUCCGUGGGAGGAUAAGAUCGAGAGGGAGAAGAUGAGACAGAGGAGGAGUGAACAGAUGCAGGGGGAGAGUAAGGAGGGGAGGACGGGUAAGGAGAUUGAUAUCAAGCGGGUGAUUGACAAGACGGAGGAAGCGGAGGUGAAGAAGAUUGCGGAGCAGAUUGGAAAGGUGCCAAUGAAACUUGAGGAGGUGUAAUGGAGAAGGGUUGAGGAGGAAUAUAUCGCCGUGUGCGAAGAAUGUUAAUAUCGAAAGUUUUCAUGUCACAAUAGGGGUCAAGGAGUUUUCGGAACUUGCGGAGAUAAUGGAGAGGGUAUUGGAUAUAUGGCGUAUUUGGAAAUGAACACAAGCAUGACAGAAGACGAACUCGUCCAUAUAUUGGAUGAUAUGGGUUGAAUAUAAGAGGGUGGAUUUCACGGAAUAUAAAUCUCAAAAAUAUUAAUUGUUGAAGGAGGGACUGUUGUGAAGCGGAACAUAGUAUCAUUAUCUGUUAGUAUUGCAAUUCCAAUAUAGAAUUUAAAUACUCGAAUGAUUUUUCUCUCCCA